UGGGUUGAAAGUCAUUUUCUUCCAAUUCACAGACGUGACAGUGCUUUCAGUCACCAUGAGGAGCUCUGUGGUGUUUUGCCUGGCUGUCAGCUUUGCCAUGUUUGGAUUUGGCCACUCACUGGAGUGUUACUCCUGCCCUGACGGCUCCUCCAGCAGCUGUGAAGUCAAACUGGAAUGUAACCAAGGUGAAGACUCCUGCCUCAAACUCACCAGUGGAGAAAAGACUUACACUGGAUGUAUAAGGUAUACAGACUGUGACUUCAUGACUCUUGCUCCCAGAUACUCCCUCCCUGACUUCACCUUCUCCUGCUGUCAGUCUGAACUCUGCAAUGGCCAAGAAUUAAGUUUCUUGGAAAAAUUAAAAAAAAUGUUUGGUUAAGAAAUCAAAAAUAAGAAAAUACAGUGGAAUUCUUGAUCCACAUUUGUAGCACUAAAUUACAGUUUAUGCUGCAAAACAUAGUUAAACACUCAACAAUAAAGUCUUGGAUCCAUGAAA